AGAGAGCGAGAGAGACAGAGAGUUAGACAGAGAGAGAGAGAUAGAGACAGACAGACAGACAGACAGAGAGAAAGAGAGAGACAGAUAGACUUGUCAGAGAGCAAACGAGAGAAUGGACUGUACAAAAAAACCGCAUCUCUGUCUGUAGGUGUUUUUAUGCACUGUAACAUUUCCGUGUCAACCUUCCUGAAAACUCCUUCCUGAAAACUGCCCGGUUUGUAUGUGCUGUAAUGUAAAAGCCAGUGUGAUACAUUCACACAUGCUGCCUCCAUCCAGCCGGACCACGAGAGAGGAGCCGGUCGUCAUCAAAUGAAGAGAAGACGAGGAUUACAUCCGAACAAAAGUGCACUUAUCACAAGGUCAAGCUUGAUUAAGAGCCAUGAGGAAGUGUAGCCCUUGGACAUUUCUUCCUGUUAUGUUUUCAUUCUUCACAGCAGCAGGCUUGUGGGUUGUCUAUUUUAUAGCAGUGGAGGAUGACAAAAUCACACCACUAAGCUCUGAAUAUAAGAAAUCAGUUUCAAAGUCUCCUCCAUAUAUAAGCAUUGCAGGCGAUGCUCCACCAGCCAGCUGUGUUUUUAGCCAAGUCACAAACAUGGCAGCCUUUGUGGGCUUCAUCCUCGGGGUCCUCAGAUACUUGCAAUUGAAGCCACGAGUACACAAACCCUGGCUCAACAUCAUCAGUUUGGUAGCUCUAUCAUUGGCCUGCUUUGGUAUGACCUUAGUUGGGAAUUUCCAGUUGUCAAAUGAUGAGGAGCUCCAUAAUAUUGGCACAUCCAUGACAUUUGGCCUAGGCACAUUGUUUUGUUGGGUCCAGUCAUUCAUGACUCUGAAGGUCAACUUGAGGAACGAAGGCAGACGUGCUUGCAUACCCCGCUUCCUGUUGUCUGGAGCAAUCACUUUAUGCAUGCUGCUUUAUUUUGCUUUAAUGGCCCAGCGUCUGCAUAUGCAUGCUGCCCGGGCACAGUGGGCACUGGUCAUGUUCCUCUUGGCAUUCCUGGGCACGUUUGCUAUCGAGUUCCGUCAUUAUCACUUCGAGAUCGUGUGCAGCGAUGAUCAGGAGCCUCCAAUGAGCCUGUCAGAAAGCUUCUCUGAGGCUUCAGAGUACCAAUCAGACCAGCUAUAAGACUCUUCCGGUUCUGUUUCUAUAGCAGAAUUACUAUAACUUCCAUUAUUUAUUAGUUUCAAUAAUAAUGCAUGUCUGUUGAAUGUCAUCUCUCUGGAGUAAUCUGUGAAAGAAUAUGUUUCUUUCUCACAGGUAGACUAC